CUAGCAACUUGUUAGCACUACCAACGCGAUUUUCCAUUAAAGAAAGAAUUUGUAAACAAGAAAAAGUAAACAAAUAAAAAUUAAUGGCAUCAGAGGGCGAGGAAAUGGACAUGACGCCAGUAGAAAGUGAAGUUUCUGCAACAGAAACGGACACAGAAGCAGAGGACUGCAGCGUGGAAUCAGACGCAGAGAGUAUUGAAGUGGAAACUGUGCCAAUUUCCACAGAAGAAGCAGAAAUGGAGGAGCUGCUGGGACAACUGGAGGAUUACACGCCUACAGUGCCAGAUGCACUCACGAUGCGCAUUUUGCAUAGCUCUGGUUUUGCGUCUGUUGAUCCACGAAUUGUGCGCAUUAUUUCGGUGUCUGCCCAAAAAUUCAUUUCGGAUAUUGCCAACGAUGCUUUGCAACACUGCAAAACGCGUACAACAAAUAUUCAACACUCAAGCGGUCAUAGUUCCAACAAGGACAAAAAGAACCCGAAGGAUCGCAAAUACACCUUGGCUAUGGAGGAUUUGGUUCCAGCCUUAGCUGAUCAUGGCAUAACAAUGCGAAAGCCCCAAUAUUUCGUUUAAAAUUAAUACAAAAUUAAAAUUUAUUUAAAAUAAAAGUAAA